UGUUGAUUAUAUUAUUGGUAUUUAUAGUAUUGACAUUGACGGUAUGUUUUGUGCUUUAUAUCAUUACUAGAGUUAUGAAUAUCAAGACACUGGCGUACUUUGUGACUUUGUACUCGAUUCUGAUAUAUCAUGGAAUAAAAGGCGCUCAAUCUUCUGAACAAGAAGAAACUCAAUGGACCAAGCAAUUUAAGCUUCUCAAGAAGCCGAGUUUCAAGUCAAUUAAGACAAAAUUUGGGGACAUAUACGAUUGUGUGGACUUCUAUAAACAACCAGCAUUUGAUCAUCCCUUGUUGAAAAAUCAUUCUUCUCAUCCUCAGAUGAGACCUAGUAUUGUACCAGAAUUGUUGGAAGCUAGAACGUUUUACCCAAAAAAUGAGGUAAUCAUAGACAGUGUGCAAUUAGAGGACGGAGGUUGCCCUGUGGGAACUAUUCCCAUCAAACGUUGGAGUAAAGAUGAAUUUAUCCGAAUGAAACGGUUUACAGAAAAUUAUGCAUCAAGCUCCAAGCCUAACGCUAUUCAAGGUCAACCGGGAACUCAUUUUGCAAUUGUUGAGACAAAUUCUGAUCCCAGUAAAGUGAAUUAUAAUGGUGUAACUUGUGACAUGAGUGUUUACGAGCCAAAGGUUUCCCCAUCGCAGUAUUCAUCUGGGGAAAUGAUAAUUCAAAAUGGUAAUGAUCGAAUACAAGUGGGAUGGAUGAUAUAUAAUUAG